AUGGCCGAGACUAUGCGAUCUUGGGAGGCCAAGAAGAUGCGGGGCGAGCCAGCCAGGAACUGGAGCCCCAAUCUGCAGACUAGCGUGGAUGGACAUUCAGGAGGAUCAUGGCCGGAUCGGCCAGAGAUGACAAGGAUCCUGAGUUCUUCCCGGGCGGGCCGCAUGCACUGGCAUCGAAAUCAAUUUGUGCCGCUGCCAUGCCGGCCCCCGAAUCCGGACAAGCAGCUGGAGGAGUUCAUGGCGCCCGAGCAUCGGCAACACCUCAUCUACCUGGCUCUUUACAGAGACAAGAUUGACCAGCAUCAGGCGGCGAUGGCCAAGCCAAAGAGCCCAGAAGGGCGAGCUCGGAGCCCGUCGCCGCCAGCUGAGGAGGCGGAGACCGAGAUCCAUGCAACGAGUGGUUUCGCUGCCACCACGGGAGGAAUGUAUGAUCACACCGGCAAGACCGGCUACGAUCACAGGAGACCCCGGACAGCAGCGGCGGCGCACACUGCGACAGUUAAGGCAACAUCUGCAAGCGGUUUGGGGUACUUGGACGAACAUGCAGAGGCCAAGAGACUGGGCAAGCUGUUCGACGAGUGGGUCUCGAAGCAGGACAUUGAUGCUGCCUAUGAGAGCGUUGCGUUGCCGAGCCCUCGUGCAGAAGGUCGGCGAGUGAAGGUCGAAGCCUCACAGGCCAAAAGCAGGAGAUUGCGCAGUUUCGCCAGCAAAGGUCGCAGGCAUUCCGGGGGUUCCAAUCUGAAGAGCACUCAGACCGCAAAGUCAGAAGAAGAUGAGGCCAGCUGUCUUGGAGAUCAUCCGUCUGUCGGGACAGCAUCAUCCUGGCACCAUCGACGGUUUCCAGCAGAUCCAGCAGAUCGGCGCAAGCUGGAGCGCCUGUGGAUGGUUAUGACGAAUCCCAAGAUCCGAAGCGCGAGCCUUUCGGACAAGGCCAGCCAUGAGCGCGUUCGUCAAGUGCCUACACGCAUUGAGGGCAUCAAGCCGCUGAUGCUGUACAAGCUCUACCAUGGGCCCUGGCGACUCGAUAUUUGA